AGCCCGCUGGAAGCUGAUUGGCUCCUGAGGAACGUCAACACGACGUCUCCUCUGAUUGGUCCGUGGCUCACCCAAGGCGGAAGUGCACCACGGAAGUCAAGAUGGGUACUCGGGUGAAGGUCCUGAGUGUGUUUAAAUCGCUGCACAGGACAAGAAUGGCUGUAUUCAAAGAUGAUGAGAGAGCACUGACAGCUGCCAAAGUAAAGAUCAACGAGGAGUUCCGUAAGAAUAAAAAUGAAUCUUCAGAAGAAAGCAUUGAGAAGAUGAUCAAAAUGGGCUCAGACGUGGAAGUAGUUCUACGGAAGUCUGUACUUCAAAUGGAGCAUGUCGGCGAUCAGAAACUUUUGCUUCGACCAAGAGAAAGUCUUCUGUUAGAAAAUGUACCCUACUGUGACCAGCCCAGGAAAAAGUCAUAACGGAGUGACUUAAUAACCCAACAAGGACAGAGACAUUGCAACACAAAAGACAUGUACUACCAUCCCCAACAUUUCAUUAUGAUCUCCAAACCAAGAUCAGGACCUUAUGGAUACUUUUAUAUUUUUGCUGGAGACAUUGUGCUGUACAAUUUUAAUCAUGUAUGAAGUUAAACUAUUUAAAAAUUGUUGUUAUUGCAUGUGUAUGUUAUUUUUUCUUUGCGGUUAACGCUAGCUUGCAGUAUAGCAGCAAGACUUUUAUAUUUAUUGUUUAAAACCAAUCAGGUUAAUUAAAAAAAUGCUGUUAUCUAUUCGCUGUAAUAUAUAUGCAGUGAUGUUUUCUACUGACUAAGUCUUCAACUAUACAAAGUAUUUCAAUGGUAAGAAUCUGCGCUUUGGGAUGAUAUACCAGUUACUAUGGUAAUCUAAUUAGUUACUAUGGUCAUCUAAUUAGUUACAAUGUUAAUCUACGUCACAGCAGCUCAGACGAGGCACCAAGCAGUGUGGGCGGGAAGCAUUUCCACAGACGCGGAAGGAGAUUUUCACAACAAAGUUCUAAAGCUUAGUCAUACAUCAGAUAUAUCAGAUUGUAGGUGGGUUUAUUUUGUACCCUUCGCGUUCAUAUUUCACUGUUUGUUGCAUUUUUGUUGCGUUUCACUUGAUUGUAAAAUAUGUCAAUCGAAAGGGGGUGUGAUGUUUAUAUUUUGUCAAUAUUCAGUGUUUUAUCCUUCAUAGAAAAAUGUAAAAUUCCAUUACGUUUUUUAAGGCGGUCUGUCAUAACGUUUUUAGCAUUCAAUCAGACAUUAUUGUGAGGUUUUGUAUUAGUGUUCCUAAAAAUAGAUAUACCGCCCCCAAGACAAUUUUUUUUCUCUAAAUGUGGGCCCCGAGUCAAAAUAAUUGCCCAGGCCUGCUCUAAAGACUUAAACAGGACGACAAAGUGCU